AAUCGCUGUGUCCUCUCCCAAAGCCAUUCUCAUGCCACUAAUGGCGAUCGCCGUCCCAUCGCCAUUUCUCCCCCUCUCCUCUCCGUCGCCCUCGUCCUCCUCCUCUUCCUCCCGCUGCUCCACCUUCACUGCCGCCGCCUCGUCCUCGUCCUCGUCCGCUGCUGCCGCCGUCCCCGCGGAGCCCCAUCCGCGCCCCCGUGAGUUUCAUUAUCCACGCGCCGAUCCCUCCGUCCGCUGGCCCCAUCUCAAGCUCGACGACUUCCUUGGUCCGCCUCAAUUCCCUGCCCCCUCCACCCCAGCCCCCCUCUCCAUACCCGAGGAACCCGACGCCCGUCCCGUUCCCCCCGAGGUCCCAAGGACGGACUCUUUCGAGACCCUGGAGAGCAAGCAGAGCCGGACGCGCGCGAAGAAGAUGACGAAGCUCGCCCUCAAGCGCGCCCGCGACUGGCGGCAGCGCGUCCAGCUCCUGACCGACCAGAUCCUCGCCCUCCCCCCCUCCGCCCUCGUCGCUGACGUGCUCGACGACCGCCGGAUUCAGAUGACCCCCACUGACCUCGCCUUCGUCGUCAAGUUCGUUGGGCGUUCCAGCUGGGCCCGCGCCCUCGAGGUGUUUGAGUGGCUCACCCUCCGCCGCCGCCACGCUCCCGGCCCCCGUCUCCUCGCCGCCAUCAUCUCCGUCCUUGGCCGGGCCCACAAGGAUGCCCUUGCUGCCGAGGUAUUCCAGCGUUGCAACCCCGAUGACGGAGGCGCUGGCGCUGAUGAGCUCUCUGUCCAGGUUUACAAUGCAAUGAUGGGGGUUUACGCUCGGACCGGGAGGUUUGCCAAGGUCCAGAAGCUGCUGUCCUCGAUGCGGGACAGGGGUCUCGAGCCCGACCUUGUCAGCUUCAACACUUUGAUUAACGCCAAGGCAAAGGCGGGAUCCUUGGCUCCUGGCUUGGCGCUGGAACUACUCCAGGAGGUCAGAAGAUCUGGUCUGAGGCCUGAUGCCAUCACCUACAACACCCUCAUCAGUGCUUGCUCCCGUAUGUCCAAUUUGGAGGACGCCGUAAGCAUUUUCAAGGACAUGGAGGCCUCUGAAUGCCAGCCUGAUCUCUGGACGUACAACGCCAUGAUCUCAGUGUUUGGCCGCUGUGGGAUGAUUCUAGAGGCUGAGCGGCUCUUCCGAGAACUAGGUAACAGGGGCUUCUCACCGGAUGCUGUCACAUACAAUUCUCUGCUUUUUGCUUUUGCCAAGGAGUGUGAUGCGGAGAAGGUUGAGAGACUUUGUGAUGAGAUGGUGAGAGCAGGCUUUAAGAAGGAUGAGAUAACCUAUAACACCAUAAUCCACAUGUAUGGGAAACAGGGUAGGCUUGAUUUAGUAGUUCAAUUGCAUGAUGAAAUGAAAAAUGUCGGCUGCAAUCCUGAUGCAGUGACCUAUACAGUGCUAAUUGAUUCUCUUGGAAAAGCAAAUAGGAUAACAGAGGCAGGGAAGGUGAUGUCGGAAAUGGCUGAUGCAGGGGUGAGGCCUACAUUGAGGACUUUCGGUGCUCUGAUUUGCGGGUAUGCCAAGGCAGGCAUGCGGGUUGAGGCAGAGCAUACGUUCCACCGUAUGGUCAGGGCAGGCAUCAAGCCUGACCAUGUAGCUUACUCAGUAAUGUUGGAUAUCAUGUUGAGGUCCAAGGAAAUGCAGAAGGCAAUGGUAUUGUACCGGAGUAUGAUGCGAGAUGGGUUUAGGCCAGAUCAGGGCCUUUACCAGGCUAUGUUUGGGAUUCUCGCAAAGGGAGAUGAUGACGGAAAGAUAGAUGAAAUUAUUAAGGACAUGGAAGUUGUGUGCAAGAUGAGUCCACAAGAGGUAUCCAGAAUUCUUGUCAGGGGAGGAUGCUUUUUCCAAGGAGCUGAGAUGUUAAAGAAAUCUGUUUCCUGUGGCUUUGAGCCUGAUCGUGAGUGCUUGUUAUCUAUUUUAGAUGCAUUUGCAGCAUCAGGGAUGCAAGCAGGUGCACUAUCUCUGCUUGAGUUUUUACGAGAACAUGCACCUGAUUCUAGUAGCUUGAUAAUGGAAUCUUCAAUAGUCAUGCUUUGCAAAAAUCACCAAUUGGAAGAUGCCAUGAUGGAGUACAACAAGAUGAAAAUGUUGAAUUUUGGGCAGUUUGGUCAAUGUUGUAGCCUUUAUGAGUACAUGAUUGCAUGCUUUGAGGAAGCUGGAUUUCUGUGGGAAGCUUCUCAAUUAUUUUCAGAUAUGAAGUUUCUUGGUCUUGAGCCUUCACAAGGUAUCUACAAGAGUUUGAUCUCCAUAUACUGCAAAGUGGGUUUCCCAGAAACAGCUCACAACGUGGUAGAUCAGGCGUCAAGGGCUGGUAUAUCUUUUGAUGAUACUUCAGUUUCUGUCACUUUGAUUGAGACAUAUGGGAAACUAAAGCUGUGGCAAAGGGCAGAAAGCUUUGUUGGUAAACUCAGACUGCAUGAUUUUAUCGAUCGGAGUAUCUGGAAUGCUCUUAUUUAUGCUUAUGCCGAGAGUGGUCGCUAUGAGCAAGCAAGGGCAGUCUUCAAUAUGAUGAUUAAAAAUGGUCCUUCACCAACUGUAGAUUCCAUCAAUGGCCUCAUGCAUGCUUUGGUUAUUGAUGGGAGACUAGACGAGCUUUUUGUCGUCGUUGAGGAGCUGCAAGAUAUGAAUUUUAAAAUAAGCAAAAGUACUAUUCUUAUUAUGCUUGAUGCAUUCAUAAGAGCUGGAAACAUCUUCGAGGUAAAGAAGAUAUACAAUGGCAUGAAGGCAGCUGGAUACUUGCCUACCAUGAAUGUGUACAGUAGUAUGAUUACUUUGCUUUCUCGUGGAAAAAGAGUCAGAGAUGUUGAGGCGAUGGUAGCGGAGAUGGAAGAAGCUGGAUUCAAACCUGAUCUCAACAUCUUCAACUCACUCCUUAAAAUGUACACAAGCAUUGAGGAUUUUAGGAAGACAUUGGAAAUAUAUCGGAGAAUUCAAGAAGCUGGCAUUGAGCUGGAUCAAGAUGCUUACGAUACCCUUUUAGUGAUGUAUAGUAGAGAUGUGAGGCCUGAAGAAGGAUUUACUCUUCUAAAUGAUAUGAGGAAAAAAGGCCUGGAGCCAAAAUUAGAUACCUACAAAAGUUUGUUGGCUGCAUGUUGUAAGGAGCAGCUUUGGGAACAAGCAGAAGAGCUUUUUAAGAGCAUGCAAUCAAAGGGAUACAGACUAGAUCGCUCUUUCUAUCACAUAAUGAUGAAAGUAUAUAGAAAUUCUGGCGACCACUCUAAAGCCGAAAACUUGCUCUUUCAAAUGGAGGAGGUUGGUAUUAAGCCGACGAUUGCCACGAUGCACAUGCUUAUGGUUUCUUAUGGCUCUGCUGGGCAGCCUCAGGAAGCAGAGAAUGUACUAAAUAAUUUAAGAAGUUCUAGUCAGGAACUUACUACAUUACCUUAUAGUUCUGUUAUAGAUGCUUAUCUUAAGGUUGGUGAUUAUAACAUGGGAAUUACAAAGUUAAUGGAGAUGAAGAAAGAUGGUGUAGAACCAGACCACAGGAUAUGGACAUGUUUCAUUAGGGCUGCAAGUUUGUGUGAGAAAACAAAUGAAGCUAUGCUUCUGCUUGGUACAUUAGGAAAUAAUGGUUUUGAUAUCCCUAUAAGGCUUUUGACCGGGAAAGCUGAGUCACUAUUCAUGGAGGUGGACCAUUUACUGGAAGAAUUAGGGUCUCUUGAGGAUAAUGCUUCCUUUAACUUUGUCAAUGCGUUAGAAGAUCUUCUUUGGGCAUUUGAGCGCCGUGCAACUGCGUUGUGGAUAUUCCAACUAGCAAUCACUAGAAACAUAUAUCGUCAUGAUGUCUUCCGGGUUGCAGAAAAAGAUUGGGGUGCUGAUUUCCGGAAGAUGUCAGCUGGUGCUUCUCUUGUUGGACUUACCUUGUGGCUUGACCAUAUGCAGGAUGCUUCAUUGCAAGGGUCUCCUGAGUCACCAAAGUCUGUUGUCUUGAUAACGGGAACUGCUGAAUACAACAUGGUUUCCUUGGAGAAAACUCUAAAAGCAUAUCUUUGGGAGAUGGGCUCACCUUUUUUGCCAUGCAAAACACGUAGUGGGGUCCUUGUGGCAAAAGCUCACUCGCUUCGGAUGUGGCUGAAAGAUUCUUCUUUUUGCUUGGACCUUGAGUUGAAAGACACGACUUCUCUUCCUCAGACCAAUUCAAUGAAGCUCACAGAAGGAUAUUUCAUGAGAGCUGGUCUGGUCCCAGCCUUUAAGGAUAUACAUGAACGACUAGGACAAAUAAGACCAAAGAAGUUUGCUAGGUUGGCCUUAUUGUCGGAAGAGAGCAGGGACAAGGUCAUCCAAGCUGAUUUAGAAGGCAGAAAGGAGAAGAUGGAAAAAUUAAAGGAAAAGGCAGUUGUUCGGUCAAGGAAACCAACAAGAUUCCACAGGAAAUAUCUUAGGCGUCAACAUAAAGCACAAACAACUUCAAAUUAAUGAAAGUUGUUGUUCUGCAGAAGCUUUGAAAUCUCAUUACUAUUUAGCUUCCUAUUCAUACCUGUCAGGCAUCUGAGCAGUUAAGAUGGGAUUUUGAGGAAUGGAUGAGCUCUGGCCAAAAUGCCAAGGAACUUUGGUUGGUCAGCCUCGGGUUCUUAGCUUGUUGUUGCUCUUCCCCUGAUUAUGUCUUGAAGCUGAUGAUCCCGUUUGCUCUACUUCUUCACAUGAGAAUGCGGGUUAGUUCAGCUUGGGCUUUUGCCAGUCAAAUCAAAUUGGCUGCACCAGUGGAACAAGGCAAAUCUUUCUCUUUCCAUACAAAAUACUUGUUGGCAGAACUCAUUCUUCAGUGAUCAGUGUGAUUGAUACACACUCCAAAUAUGCGGCCAGUUAUUACAAUGGAUCAAAUGCUCUGUUCUGGAAAUUAUGAAGCAUUGCUCGUCUCCAUUGACAACACUCACAGAAGCAGGGGGCCCUUCAAAGAAAUCAGACAAGGCCAGCUCAAGAUCCUCAACGCUGUACUUGAUGUACAUCUCCGGAUGCCUCCCGUUCUCCACGUGCUGUCGGUAGCGGCCAAGAAAGCCCCGGUACGCUGGCACCAACCUCUCGGAGAUGGAAAUCCGCAGCUCCUCCCUCAGCUGGGCGUCCGGGACAAACCACAUCGCCUGCGUCCGGUGAACCUCCUCGAACGCCGCAUUGAAGGCCCUGAAUCUCUCCCUGACUGUCGACCUGGACACUCCCGACGAGAGUGAGAGUUUGCCUGCCACGUGAAUACCUUCGUCCCUGAGGCAGUGGAGGAUGCUCGCCCAGGUAGCUCUCUGGUAGCCUGUGGCCAGCUGACGGUAUCUCCCAUUCAGCCUUCUCAAGUACUCGUCACCGAUCAUGGUGCGGAGCUCCGGGGAAGCCUUUACCUUUUGGACGAUGUAGUGAAGGUUGUUCAUGAAGAAGAGAUGCGAGAGGGCGUUGUCCUUGUACAGAUUCGCCUUGUUCUCGAGAUUGUUGUGAAGAGCAGCAACGAUCCAGGUCAGAUGUGCGGCCAAGGGAGUUUGAUUCUCCGGCUCCGGGACGUCGAUCUGCGCCGCUGCGGCUGCGGCUGGUUCAUUGUCGGAGAACUGAGAGCUUGCUGAUGGACUUGUGGCGAUGAGCUCGACGAGCGCCGGCGCGUAGUCGGAGAUGAGGCCGAGGUAGUUCAUCACGUAGCGAGUGAGGGGAUGGAAGUUGCCGCCGGGGACUGGGGUCUUGGGCGGAUCCAGGAGCACGGCGGUCUCGAACUCGGAGAUGAUCUCUCGGAUCGCCUCCGUGAGCUUGGGGAGGAUUUCAGCGGCCUGGGUGUAGAUGGGCUUCGAGGAGGGACAGCACUGGAACAGCGCGGCGAUGUCGGGGAGGAGGUCGGCCAUGGCGUCGUGGAGGUCGAGCAUCUUGAAUAGCUUCUCCGGCGAGCGGCAGCCGGUGCUCACGGCCUCGGCGAAGCCGAAGAGCUGGAGGGCGGCGCUCUUGACGGCCUCUGUGAAGGGGGCAUCGUCGGUGAGGCCGUCGAAGACGAGCUCGCAGAGGCGGCGCUCGCUGGCGAAGACGACUCGGACGCAGACGCGGGCGGCACGGAUCCACCGCCGGAUGUUGGCCUCGAGGACCUCCCACUCGAGGCGCUGGACGUCGCCGAUCUCGAGCCGAUCGACCCCGAGGCGGGUCAGGCACAGUUCCACCACCUCCUUCCGGGCGGCGCCGUACGCCCGAGCGCAUUCCCACCCGUGCCCGGCGGCGAACAUCCGCUCCGCGAUACCCCGGAGGUCCUCCACUGCGUCAGGCGGCAGCAGGUCGACCACGCGGAUGUUCCGAGUGGACCGGUAGCUGCUCCGCCUGAUAGUGCUGGCCGCACCCACUGCUUCUUCCGCCGCGGCAGCAGAAGCCAGCGAAGGAGGGCUUUCUGCCUUAAAGUCGCUCCCGCCGGCGGUUUCAUCGCGGGGGGAACAGCCAAUUUCAUCACCCGUCGACACGGAACUGCGGGCGGAUAAUGAGCGGAGGUCGACGAGGGACUCGACGUCGAUGUCGUUGGAGCAAUUUUCCAGUACGAAACGGAGCUCCUCCUCGAGGCGGGCCAUGGCGGCAUGGAUGUGGUUCUCGGAGAAGGAAGAGGAGGAAGAGCGCCUCGGAGUCGCGCCUCUUCCGUGUCCGUCAUCCAUCGAAGCGAAGAAAGAGGGGAAGAGAGCAAGACAGGAUUGGUAAAGGAAACGGUGUCGUCGAAUCGGAUUGCCUCUCUCCCUCUUGAAAGCCCUACGGGAGGAAGGAGGGGACGAAAGAAGGCGGAAGCAAGAGAGAGAGGCGCGGAGUUGACUUUGACUAAGGGCACUGGAAUGGGAUUUUCGCGGUGGCGACCCUGAGCUGUCCAGGUCCGUCGAGGGUUCAGGGUUUUCCCGUUUUCA